AACACCACCGUCGCAUUCUCCCUCCUACACACCUGACUAGUCAGUCAGUCAGUCAGUCUGCCGCCUCCUACCCGUGCGACGACUUCGCGCCCCCUCGACAAAACUUUUCUCUUUUUUUUCUCUUCGUUUCGGCGUAGUUAAACCCCUAAUCAUCUUUUCACUAUAUUUUUAAUCUAUCACCCAAAAUGUCGAGGCUAUUGCGAGCAAAGAAGCUGGUCGCCCCGGCUCUUGUGGCCGGUGUCGCUGGUGGCUCCCUCUACUACAUGUAUAAGCCCCGAAACAUCCCCGGGUACGAAGGCCCCGUCGUCCCGCCCCCUAUCUUCGGCGCCGACGGCACCUUCAAACUCCCCCGCUUCCCCCAGGUCAAGUCCCGCGACCAGCAGAUUGCCGAUCUAAAAAAGAGCAACUCGGGAAACAAGGAGGACGAAUAUGAUGUGCUUGUUAUCGGAGCUGGCGCAACCGGUGCCGGCGUGGCUCUCGAUGCCGCAACUCGCGGUCUCAAGGUCGCCGUUGUCGAGCGAGACGACUUCAGUUCCGGGACAAGCAGCAAGAGCACCAAGCUGGUACACGGUGGUGUGCGUUAUCUCGAAAAGGCCGUCUGGAACUUGGACUACGCCCAGUACGAGCUUGUCAAGGAGGCCCUCAAGGAGCGCAAGUACUUCUUGAAGACUGCUCCCCAUCUGAGCUCGUGGCUACCCAUCAUGUUGCCACUCGACCAGUGGUGGAAGGUUCCUUACUACUGGGCUGGCACCAAGUUCUACGAUUUCCUGGCUGGUUCCGAGGGCAUCGAGAGCUCAUACUUUUUGACCAAGAGCAAGGCCAUUGAUGCCUUCCCCAUGCUCAAGCAGACCGACCUCGUUGGCGCCCUCGUCUACUACGAUGGUGCCCACAACGAUUCCCGCAUGAACGUCUCGAUCGGUAUGACUGCCGCCCUCUACGGUGCUACUGUUGUGAACCACAUGGAGGUCACUGGCCUUCAGAAGGGCGAGAACGGAAAGCUCUGCGGUGCUACCCUCAAGGACCUUGUCACUGAGAGAGACGGCAACGAAGCGACUCCCUUCAACAUCAAGGCCAAGUGCAUCAUCAACUGCACUGGUCCCUUCACAGACAGCAUCCGUAAGAUGGACGACCAGGACUGCAAGGAGAUUGUCGCCCCCGCCUCCGGUGUGCACGUCAUCCUCCCCGGGUACUACAGCCCUGGCAAGAUGGGCCUGAUCGACCCCUCCACCUCCGACGGCAGAGUCAUCUUCUUCCUCCCCUGGCAAGGCAACACCAUUGCCGGUACCACCGACGAGCCUGCGACCAUUACCAAGAACCCCCUCCCCGACGAGAAGUCCAUCCAGUGGAUUCUCAACGAGAUCAGCCACUACCUCUCCCCCGACAUCAACGUCCGCCGCGGCGACGUCCUGGCUGCGUGGUCCGGUCUCCGCCCUCUCGUAAGGGACCCCAAGGCCAAGAACACCGAGUCCCUUGUCCGUAACCACCUGAUCGAUAUCUCCCCCUCCGGCCUCAUCACCUGCGCCGGUGGCAAGUGGACCACUUACCGCCAAAUGGCCGAGGAGUGCGUCGACGCCGCCGUCAAGGAGUUCAACCUGCCCGUCAAGCCCAUCGCCAACCCUCCCCUGGUCAGUGGCACUGAGCACGUGGAAGACGAUGCCGUCCUCGACGGCUCCUGCCAGACGCACCGUGUCCGCCUGAUCGGCGCUCACGGCUUCAGCCGCACCUUGUUCAUCCACCUGAUCCAGCACUUUGGCGUCGAGACCGAGGUCGCCAAGCACUUGACUGAGAGCUACGGCGACCGCGCCUGGACCGUUGCUUCGCUGUGCAAGGCCACCAACAAGCGCUUCCCCGCCAAGGGCGAGCGCAUUGCAGAGCUUUACCCCUUUGUUGACGGCGAGAUCCGCUACGCGGUCAGGCACGAGUAUGCCCAGACGGCUGUGGACGUGCUCGCUCGUCGCACGAGAUUGGCCUUCUUGAAUGCGCAGGCGGCGCUCGAGGCGUUGCCCAAGGUUAUUGACAUCAUGGCUGAUGAGCUCACGUGGGAUGCUAAGAGGAAGGAGGUUGAGUGGAAGGACACCGUCGCCUUCCUCGAAUCAAUGGGCCUUCCCCAACCGAUGCUCACCACCACCCGCCAACAAGUCGAGAAGGGCAAGCUGGACUGGUCCAACUCGCUUGAGUGGAAGAUGUACUCGAGACAUGAUAAGCCGGUCGACGAGAAGGAGCGCAACGAGCAGGCUGAGAUUGCCGGGCGCGCGGGGACUCAUCGUUAAUGAUGGGCUCCGUCUCCCUUUGGCGUGAAAAGAGAUGGGAUUAUAAAAGGAACAGUAGAAGAAGGAUGACAGAACCUAUAUUGCAUUGGCGAUUGAAUGGGUUUUUCUUGGUUCAGGCAGUAAAGGCGUUUUUGUUGUUCUAGACUGGACUGGACUGGACUGGCUGGUUGGGUUGGCAUGAAUGUCAGAGGGUCGCU